GACAACGGAGCUGUUUCCGGGCGUAUGGGUUGUUGUGGUCACUCCCAAUGCGCAAUUGGCAUCAUGCAACACCCUUGAGCUUGAUCCACCCGAGCUUUGCAAGCUGCACUCCAGGCUGUUGGUAAUCAGGAGGGGUACGGCAACUACUCUAAACCGCCAUCCUUUUCGUUGAAACUAUACAUCUGCUGCAAAACACCACCAUGGAAGCAGCAAUCCGCUGGUCGCAGUCGUCGACCACCACAGAACAACGCUUUCUCCUAGCAGACGUGACAGGCAAAUCCUUCCGCCUAUGCAAAGUCACAGCCUUCGACGGCAAAAACAUCGAGCAUGAAGUGCUCUCAACACAUACUAAAGUCCCCUCCUUCCGCGCCUUCGACUGGUCCCCCGUGGACGAGUCGCUGGUUGCAGUUGGGCAGUCAUCAGGCGACGCGACCAUCCUGCGCAUGGGCGGGGGCGGCGAGUCUGGGUCUGAGUCUCAGGAGACAUUUUCGUUCCCGAUUCGCAGUCAGCGGUAUUGUAAUGCCGUUGCAUUUAGUUCCCAUGGACUGUUGGCUGCGGGACUGGAUCGCGUGAGGAAUGACUUUUGUUUAAAUAUUUGGGAUGUUAAUCAGCGGCUGUCGAUGAGGGGGACGAAGGGGUUUGCGGAGCCGUUGAGGAAAUUGGCGAGUUCGGAGCCUAUUACUAGUAUUAAGUUCUUUCGUGAUCAGCCUGAUACACUUGUGGCGGGUGUUAAGGGCCAAUUUGUGAGGAUUUAUGAUUUGAGAGAGGGCCCGGGGAAUCCAUCCCUGCAGUUCCCGACUCGCUGUGUGCAUAACUUGGCCAUCAACUGGCUUGAUGAGAAUUACAUCGCGUCUUGUUCGUCAGGCAGUGAUGCUACUGUCUGUGUUUGGGAUCGCCGUGUAGGCUCACACUAUACCACACCGGCCAUAGGCCCAGGCGCCGCCCUGGAAACUGGUCAGAACGACCAUGCCCUCGAGUUCAAAAACGUCCUGGGACCAAAGUCAAGCAUCUGGAGUUUGCGCUUCUCUCGGACAAAACGAGGUUGCUUAAGUGUCCUUUCCAACACCGGGCACCUCAAAACUUACGAUAUUGCCAAGGACUAUCUACCUGAAGAAUAUCGUUCUUCUAUAGAUGAGACACUUGGCCAGGGCUCUUUGAAGAACUAUCCGGAGAAGGUCUACACGAGAUACGUGCGCGAUGUUUGCAGUCCGUACAACCAUCCUUCCCGUGGCUGCAAGGAGUCUGAACGGGUGGUGUCGUUUGAUUCGUUGAAUAUGAGUGCCUCGAAUGAACCUAGUGCCAUAACGCUUGCUGGAAACGGUGAUGUUCAAAUAGUCACGCUGCAGCCGCCAGCUCCGCCAGUGCAUUUAUCCUCUCAAGGGGUUCUGGUGCGCGGAGAAUCCAAUGGCGAGUCAGACUUCAAAACAAUAGGCCCUUCAUCACAUCCAGACCUACCCAUCUCGGAAGUUGUCCAGAGGAUCCGCGAGCGUGUUCUGCCCAGUUUAGAGGAAGAUAAAGAUGGACUGAAGAGUCGACGAGCGAGCGCAGAAGAUCAAUGUUCAGAACAUCUCUCGACUCGCGAAUCUCGGGAACGUGACUUGUUGGCUUUUGGCACAUUAGGGGAGCAAUUGACGGCCGAAGAGGCUUUGACGUUGUUGACCGCUCAUAGGCGCCGGUGCAAAGAGGGCUAUCUCUUUGAUGGCGCCAAAAACAAGCAGAUAUUGGAGGAUGACCCUUACUUACAGGACUUCUGGGAGUGGAUGGAGCGUGCACGUUUAGACUCAGCUGGUCAGUCGAUGAUUUUACAUGGUUUGGACCUUAAUUAUCUAGGCAUAAACAAUGUCUGGAAUAAUGACUUGGGAGAAAGUCAUCGGAGCCGGCAAAUCGGCACCACACCUCAGCUUCCCAUUCGUGAUGCUAUCAACAUUUUGGUCCGUGAUCAACUUAACUUACCAGAGACGAAAGUCUGCGAAACAAGCGAUCCAGCACAUCGCCGCCUUUGCCUUCGUCUUUGCGGCGCAGCACUAUCGUACCGCGCGCUGGAAGGGCUGGUUAAGACACUAUCAGCCGAAAAUCAACAUACAAAAGCAGCCGCCCUGGCCAUAUUCCAGGAAGAGCCAAAGCUGGCUUAUCUGGCAUUACGAAGCCACGAGCCGACCCAAGCCCAUAAACUGCUUGCUAUGGCGAUUGCCGGUGCGGGCAGAAACGAGGCGGAUCCGGAUUGGGAGGAGACGUGCGCGGAGAUCGCGAAGGAGCUUACAGAUCCAUAUGCCCGGGCUAUCCUGGCGCUGGUGAGCAAGGGUGACUGGGCUUCAGUGAUCCAGGAAAUUACCUUACCCCUGAAAUAUCGUAUCGAGGUUGCUUUGCGAUGGCUUCCCGAUGACGAUCUUACUGCAUAUCUGGAACGGUUGACGACUUCAGUGAUCCGUCGAGGCAACAUCGAAGGAAUCGUCCUUACGGGACUCGGGCAUCCAGCACUGGAUCUAUUCCAAUCCUACAUCAACACGUUCAACGACGUCCAAACCCCAGUCCUAGCUAUGAGCCACACCGUCCCGCGCUUUAUCAACAACGAACCCUUCAAAACCCGCUUCGAGGCCUGGUGCGAAACCUUCCGCUGGCAAAUGAACUCCUGGAAACUCCAACUCGAGCGCGCCCGGUUCGAUGUCGGAUCCCGCAAAUUCGCCGUCACCUGGGACGGCCGACGCCUAGUCGACCCCCCACGUCAACAGGUCAGCUUAACCUGCAACUACUGCACGAAACCACUCACCCAACACGACCCCUCUUCACAAACAUCACCCUCAGCAGGCAAUGAAGUCGUCCAUCCCACUAUCGGCAACCCACUGGGCACAGCAGCGAUGUCGGGUAUGGUGUGCCCGCGCUGUGGCCGACAUAUGCCUCGCUGCGGAGUAUGCAGUUUCUGGCUGGGCGCUCCGGAUCCGAUGUCGAGGGCUAGCAUCGCCGCUGAUGCAGCAGCGGCCCAGGAGCGCAAACCUACAGAGGAUGAAUUGGUGAAGAGGUUUUUUGUGUUUUGCAUUAACUGCAAUCAUGGGUUCCAUGCGCAUCAUGCGAGGGAGUGGUUUAUGAGGCAUAAGGUUUGUCCUGUUGCGGAGUGUAAUUGUAUUUGUGAUCGAUAGCCGGAGUGCUCGUUUGUUGUUUGCUUUACUUUGGCGGGGUGGAUGUUUGGUUUCGGGAUAUACCCAAUACCUGAUUAUAUAGGAGCAAGUUUUAUCUCAAUUUAUUCUUUAGAUCUUUAGAGAAAUACAACGAGUGUCUUCGGUCA